AGGUGAGCACCACUCUGGCUGGCGCUCAUCCACUCAUCGCGGCUGCUGCCUUCGGCUUCUCCACGGAAGACUGCGCGGUCGCCGGCUAGAGAUCCAGACCGAGAUCCAGGCGCGCUACUGCACGCACAAGGACACGGUUCUCCCGAUCUCUGUCUCAAUAGCUGUCACUUCGUUUAACCCCCCUCCCCUCGCACUCGCAGGGCUUUUACGCGUCGUUGGAUGCUUCAGCUCCUCCGUCCGUGGCGCUACCACCUGCAUCGCAUCAGACCGUCGCUCCUGUGAAGCUGCAGCAUCGCGCUACAUUCCUGUGGACUGGACCUCACUUCGUCCGAAAGGUGCAGCAGGAUGCAGGGCGUACUGACUGUGUGUGGACUGCAGCCCCUGCUGGCCCUCCUUCUGCUUCAGACUACGGGCUGCGGCUUAACCAGCGCAGACACGGUGGUGAAUAUGCGGAAGGUGACCCAUCAGACCAUAAGCGAGGAGCUUUCUAAAACGGUCCUGCUCCCUUGCAUCUUUACCCUCCGCCCCACUGCCGGUUCAUCCCAUGAGCCCCCCCGGAUCAAGUGGACCAAGGUUUGGGGCCAGAGAGGCUCUGACGGGCUUCAGAAGGAACAGUCGGUCCUGGUGGCCAAAGACAACGUGGUCAAGGUGAAAAAGGCCUUCCAAGGACGUGUAAGUCUGCCAGGCUACAAUAGGAACCGCUACAACGCCAGUCUCGCUUUGACCGGGCUUCGUUCUAGCGACUCUGGUCUUUACCGCUGUGAAGUUGUGGUCGGCAUCAACGACGAGCAAGACACCGUUCCCCUGGAGGUCACAGGUGUUGUGUUCCACUACCGGGCCCCUCACGACCGCUACGCCCUUUCCUUUGCUGAUGCCAAGAGGGUGUGCGUGGAGAACUCAGCGGGCAUUGCGACGCCAGGUCAGCUGCAGGCUACCUUCGCUGACGGCUUUGACAACUGUGACGCUGGCUGGCUGGCCGACCAGACUGUACGGUAUCCCAUCCAGUCGCCUCGUCCCGGUUGCUAUGGUGAUCGUGAGGACUUACCUGGAGUCCGUAACUACGGCAGUAGGUUCCCCGAUGAGCUGUUUGAUGUCUACUGCUUCGCUAAACGACUUCAAGGUGACGUCUUCCACUCCACAGUGCCAGAGAAGCUGAGUCUUGCCACCGCCUCCACUCACUGCCAUUCCCUGGGAGCCCAGCUGGCCACUGUUGGGCAGCUCUACCUGGCCUGGCAGGCCGGUCUGGACCAGUGUGACCCUGGAUGGCUGGCUGAUGGCAGCGUCCGCUAUCCCAUCAACGUCCCGCGGAGGAACUGCGGCGGGGACGAACCCGGUGUGCGGACCGUCUACAACAACCCCAAUCGCACCGGCUUCCCUGACACCACGGCCCUGUUUGAUGCCUACUGCUACAGAGCCCACCAGCUGGCGGGGGUCCAGGCGGCAGAGGUUUUGUACCAGACUGCUAACCCGGCAGAAGAGGCCCUGCCUUCAGCCGCUGAAGCCCAGCCCAGUGCCCCUUUUGCUAAGACCUCCACGUGGACCGGCCUGGUUGACUUGGACAAAGCAGGGGUCCCCUCCAUUGCUGAAAUCAACAACUCGUCCGAGAUCUCAGAAGAGCACGUGGUCAUUCACUUAAAUCCCGGGGAGGGCUGGGAUGAAAGGCAAGAUGGACCAAAAACGAGCCAAUCUAGCCAGGGCGAGUCUGACAGCACAAACAGCAGCAACACCUUAGGUCUGUCUGACCUCGAAGGCCUGGAAAGCCACGGAGGUUCUGCCCACGAGGAAGAAGAUGGCACCUCCUUUGGACCGAACACCCCAACGCUAUCCCCCCUAGCUUCUUCCACCCCUCAGACUCAGACGGCUAAUAGUAUUCUGACUGACUUUGUUAACACCCUUAUGAAGCCCUUUAAGUACUGGACUGGGGAUGAAGAGGGCAACGAGACUGAAGAGGGACACACGGUACCUGAAGAAAACGCAGAAGGGAACCAGACGCAUGGAGAAGCAUCCGGAAGGAACCUAAGUAUACCCAAACCCAGCGGGAACAAGGGCAGCAUGGACAACGCUAUAACGGAGGGCAGAAGUGGCACUUUCUCCUUCAAGGGCUCCAGCAGUGAGCCGCACAGUCCAGAGGAGGGUCUGUCCGAGCAGGAAAAAGAGGUUUUGCCUCUGACUCGAUUAGUGCCUGCAGUACGAAACGCAGGUCACAGUGACACAAACACCCAUCCAAGAGAGCAGGACGCAGACAUCCCUCAAACCACUGCUAACGGAUUCCCUGCAUCGGUUCCAAUUGAGAGAUCACCCCCCACUGAGCGUAUCAACAUAUCCACUCCUCAGGCUCCCAGAGGAAGCCCUCCUUUUGCUCCUGGCUCCAGUAGCCAGUUCCAGUGGGCUAUCAAGUCCAUGCGUAGCUCCAAACUAGGCCCUCCUGGAAAUGUGGACUACGUGGGUAAGCACUCCACCUGGGAGCCGAUGGAAGCCAAAGCUGGUCCACUGGAAGUGAUGACCUUGCCCACUUCCCUUCGACAGGAUAACCCUGAAAACUAUUCGGGGGAGGGCAAGGACCAAGAUGCAGAAGGGGCUAAUACUCCACCUUCCAGAGGCACAUUAGGGGAGAUAGAGGGGAGUGGAGAAGGGAGCAACUUUCCUGGUGGAUUUGGAUUGAAAGUCAACAAUUUGGCCGGCAGCGGUGUCAAACCUGAAACCGAAGCUUCACUCAGUCAUAGCGACUUUGUCACCGUGGCUUCACACACUACUCUGUCCCUGUGGCAGCUGGUGCAGCAACCUACUACCCCACCUCCAGCAUCCCAGGAGCCAGACACAGCAGAGGAGGCCAGGGGAGAGAUCCUUUAUGUCCAGCGGCCUUCUGACAGUCUCUCGUCUGCCUUGUCACGCAGAGCAGAGAGUACUUCAGGUUCAGGUUUCACUCCAGUUUUUAGGAAGAACAGCAAAGGCACAAGCAGGAAUGAGGUGAUGGCAACAGAAGCUUUGAUGGACGUUCUGACAACUUCUGAGGUGACCACCGUGGAGCUUUCAGACAGAGAUGCACAGAAGACGGUCCCCGCCACCACAGCAACCGCCACAGAAAUUCCGUCCGAAAGCUCCCAGACAGAGGAGCCAUCUAUUUCCAUAUCAUGGGUUCUGGAAGAGAAGGAGACAAUGACAAGCCUACCCGACCUCUCAGCAACUCCAGCAACCAGUGGAGGAUCUCAAACUGCUACUGGAGUCAUUCAGUUGACCACCGCCACAUCAGACUCCAGGGCUGGCUCCACAGAAGCUGAAUCCCGAUCUGCAGUUUCUGAGUCCUUUGUUGUGGGAAGUCAAUGGACACCGUCCAAAGGCCCAAAAUCAGAGGAUCACAAAACCUCUAUGACAACAGACAACAAAGCCACAAAUAAACCAUUUGACAUCCUCAUACCCAACUGGGCGUUUGGGCUGAACCCAUCAGGGGAGAGUAACCCAUGCCAGACCAACCCUUGUCUCCACGGAGGGAGCUGUCUGCAGGAAGGUGACGGCUACAGUUGCUACUGUCCUCAGGGCUUCUCCGGAGAAAGCUGCGAGAUCGACAUUGACGACUGCCAGUCUAAUCCAUGCCAGAACGGAGGAACCUGCAUCGAUGAGAUCAGCUCCUUCGUGUGCCUUUGUCUGCCCAGCUACGGCGGAGCUACUUGCGAAAAAGACACCGAGGGCUGCGAGCACACGUGGAGGAAGUUUCACGGCCACUGCUACAGGUACUUCAGCCGCAGGCACACCUGGGAGGAUGCCGAGAAAGACUGCAGGGAGCACAGCGGCCAUCUGGCCAGCAUCCACAGCGUGGCAGAGCAGAACUUUAUCAGAGGUCUGAGCCAUGACAACACCUGGAUUGGACUGAACGAUCGCACAGUUGAGGAUGACUUUCAGUGGACCGACAAGAUGGACCUGCAAUACGAGAACUGGCGCGAAAACCAGCCGGACAACUUCUUCGCUGGAGGUGAGGACUGCGUGGUCAUGAUUGCUCACGAGAACGGCAAAUGGAACGACGUGCCCUGCAACUACAACCUGCCCUAUGUCUGCAAGAAGGGAACAGUGCUUUGUGGAGCUCCUCCCACCGUGGAUAAUGCCUUCCUGAUUGGCCGGAAGCGCUCGCACUAUGACAUCCACUCCAUAGUGCGCUACCAGUGUGCAGAUGGCUUCCUGCAGCGCCACGUGCCCACCGCCAAGUGUCGUGCCAACGGCAAGUGGGACCGACCUAAAAUCAUCUGCAUAAAGUCCCGGCGAGCCCACCGCUACCGGCGCCACCACCACAAGGGCAGGAGGGAGCGCAGGAAGCACAAGAAGCACGGCCACAGAGAGGGAGGCCACCACGGAGGAGAAAUGGGUCACAACCACGCCCACUUCUGAACCAAAAAAUAAAACGCCCCCUUUCCUUUUCUCCUCUGCUGCCAGCUGCAGUUUGCCUGUCUCCCCGUCGUCCCCGUUUCCCCAAACACUACUUCAAAAAUUACAGCUGAAAACUCUCUGACCCAAGCCCCAACCCACCCAACCCCCACCCCACCCCACCCUGCCCACAUCAGCCCCGCACUACACAAACCCUUAGCUGCACCCCUGGCUCUCCGAGUUCGUAUCAUAGUCAACUCUCCGAGGCCUCCCACAGCGCUGCCAGGACGAUAAAUAAACCCCUUUGUACUCUUUUUACUUUCUGUUUUACUUCCUGGUCUAGUCUGUCUCUCACCUCCCCUCUUACCCGACCCAGUUACUCUCCCUACGAGCUCAACUAUGACCUGAAACAUGGGGCUACGCUGACCUGUUUUUAAAAAAAGAAAAAUACCUUUGAGAUCCGCACCGAACAUUCUUCAGAGAGAAGUGGUUUAGUACAAGACUGUAAAUAGGGAUGACAUCACUGAGAAAGCCGUGUGAGAAUCGGAGGAGGCGAGGAAGACAUCGUGUUGUUGACUUGAGCCUUUCGUCAUUUGAACACAGUUAUUUUUUACAAAUACUCAGUGUUUCUUUUCUUGACUCUGCUGCUUUUGGUUGGCUCUUUGUAAGACAUUGUACUUGACUUAAAGUGAGUUACCCUGGAAGCGUUUUAAUUGAUUUUUUCUUUGAAUCAGAGGCCGUUGUAAUUGAAUUAUUUGAUUGUUAGCGUUGUAUUUUCUCGUCAGUGUAAAACAGUUACUUUAGAUCAGGAGCUAAACCCCCAGAGGAAAAAAAUGGAAAACAUCGUCGCAUCAUAUCAGUCACUUCUCAGAUGAACAAUCGCAAACAGCUCCUGCUGUGUCAGACACCCACACCUGUCACUGUUAGGGGUUAAUCUGAUCGUUUGAUGUCAGCUUGUCUCAACUCAGCUCAGCGGUCCAUGUUUGUUUUUGUUUUUUUUUCGUUUUUUUUUUUUUUUUCCUAAUCUGCAACCGUUUGCAGUGAAUUAAUGGAGGUGGUGCAGUAAGGUAAGGAUUUUCUCCCUCACCUGUGUAAUGUAAAUGAGCUUCAUUGGCCAAGUAUGGAUGCAUCCGAGGAAUUUAUUUUCUGAAUUUAAGCCAUCGAUUCAAACGCACACAAAGAGUAAAGGAAACACUCGAGGCAGCAGCGCUCAGUGAGCAAUGUAGGGGUUGGCCAAGGGCGUAGCCAUUCAUGUAGAUGGGAUGUGAAUCUGUGAUCAACAGUCUCAAGUCCACCUCUCUAACCACUACCACUUAAAAAGCUGACAACAUGUUGAAUUCCCAAACAGUCUCCCAUCCGUGUCCUGACCAGAUGUGUUCAGGGUGGUAUGGUCAGAAGAGUUUGUAACAUAUGUCCUCUGAGCAAAACGUCCAAGCUGGUCAUUUUACCAUUAAUGAGGAAUUGCUGGUCUUGAAUAAGGAUUAAAUCUAAAUCUCUGACUUACACUUGGCAUAACAUUAGGUACAUAAUAAUGUUCAGUGUUUGUGGCGUCAAACUGUUGCUAAUUGAACUUGGAUGGUCAUUUCGGAGGAUGUAGUUUGUGGUGUUGUUAAACUGAACCGAAUUAAACAGUAACAUGUGUUGGUGCAACACGAUACCGUUUCAAUAGUACUACAAACCACAGUCCUCCAAAAUGAAAACACUGUUGAAUCGACAGCUCUCUGUUAUUUGAAACUAAAGCUGAAGACCAUUCAUGAAGCUAAGAUUUCGUGCAGUUAUAUUAGAGUGUGAUCUCUUUCUCUGGCCCAGUAGCAGAGUGAAUACAUGAGAAAGCUUUUCUGAAAUCCAUUGUUUCCUUGGAGACACUGAGGACAAACAACAGAGACAGUGGCUGAAAUGAUAACAUGCAUUAAGGACAGCUGUAAACUCAAGUAUUUAUUUUAUUUUUUACAACAUAUGAUCAUUUGAUUCAUUGUCAGUAUGAUAUUAUAAUACUCUGAAGGUGAAAUGAGUUAGAACAUCCUCCGUAGCGUUCAGUACAGCUCUCUGUUGAUUUAACCGUCCCACUAAAGCAAGACGGGUUGGACAUGGGCUGGAGAACAGACAGCUGAGACUAAAGCUGAUGAGUUUUGCUUCAUAAAUCAAAGCUGUGCACAAAGUGUAUGAGGAGGAAUAUAUGGCAGGGAACGCAUAGACACUGAGCAUUCACUCACCUCAGUGUGUGUGUGUGUGUGUUUAUGGACUGUGUAAGUGUUUAUGACUGAGGACAUUCACAGUUUCUGAGCUCCCACUGGAUGAUGAUAGAGGGGGUCACCAGAGAUUAAGGCCUGCCAUUUCUCGGGCGGACAGAGUCCUUUGUGCUCGUGGCGCCGCGUGUCCAGCUUUAAAGGGGGGAUUGAAAUGGACAGAACAAGUGCUCUGCUCUCUUUCUCCUUCCCCUUUACUGCCGGGUUAAAUUGCUGUUUCUUUAAAGCCAGCACUUGAGGUUUGAGCUUCUGGGAUUAUGUCCCGAGCAAUCACUCCAGCACUUUCACCUUUUGUGUUUCUCCAUCUUAUUGUUGCUUUUUUCCUCACCAUCUCCGCGCGUAAGUACCUUUCAUCCGUCGGUCUACUUUCCUUUCAUUUUACAAUAAAAAUAAAGUGGGCGAUAAGCACAGCGAUAUUCAGUCUAACCUGCUCUGUAUUGGAUUGCGCUCUGACGUGUCUUAUAAAAAAGAGAUCAGGUCAUGUAAAGACGCGUUAGCUGAGAGAAUCCCCCCUCGUGCACAUUAAUUCCUCGCCUUUGUUUGUCUCCUCUCACCUUGGCAAUGACAACACCCCUCCACGUGGAGAAGAAUGGUGAACCUCCACCUCUGUAUCAGUUUAAUUAAUCUACCGCAUGACUAAUUAACAAGUUGCAUUAUCUGCAGCACGGCAGAGCCGUGACGAAAAGGCGGGUGUUGUGUGGACGGACAGCGGGGAGGUGUAGGGUAAUGGACAGGAGGCGCGGAGAGCUGUCACGGCCGCCAAAACUCUCGUCGCUCUUCGGAUGUCAGACUGACGCAGGCUUUUUUCUUUUUCUUUUUUUUUCUCAUGUGCCUUUAGUGGAAAAUGGAUUGGACCACGUGUGGAUAGAUGAAAGGGCAGACAGAAGAACCUCUCACAGUACUUCAAAUCAGAGUUGAUGCCCAGAGACAGUGUAAUUACAGCUGUGUAAAGGUUCUGCCGUGUGACAAGACUUUCAAAACAAUGACGCGAUGAAGUGGAGGAACUAGAGAAUUAGACAGACCACUGUGUAUUAAAGAACUGGUCUGUGUUGAGGUUUAAGGAUUACCAACAGAUUUCUGUUGGUUGGUAGCUCCGUCUUCUGUCACUUUCCCUUUGCUUGUGCGGAUGCCGUACAGCCAUCCUGUGGGCUGGGCCGUGUGCGUUUGUGUGAGUGAGCUCUUUGCUUGGGGUACAUCCUCAGGGACUGGACUGCUCGUUUGAAGGCGUUGACCUUUCUUUCCUGCGGCACAAAACCUAUAACACUUUCUGUUUUUCAAUGCAUUCAAACGCCUACGUUCCCUCUUGAAAUUUCAAACGUUGCUUUCGACUCCCCCUUUCAAUCUCCUCUCCGCUCCCCUCGCCGGGCUUUUUCGCUUAUUGGCUUUUCACCGAGCCCCGAGGCCACGCAAACAGAGAGCGACAGAGCCUCAUAAUUGCGAGUCUUAAUUAUGAAGAUGAGCAAGUCGACAGAGGUUUCCGCCAGCUGUCUCUCGGCUCCGCAGCGAGCGCCACGCCUGAGGGAAGAGCAGCGGGCGAGGCACUCAUCGCCCUCGCAGCCAGCAGGCCCCUUCUUAGGCCGAGCCACCUAUCGUAAUUGUUACCCAGUCGUUCCCCCCCUCUCUCAUGGCUGGCGGCUGAAGACUUCUGAGCUCAGCAGAGAUGAGAUAAGAGUCGGAUCGCGUGCUUGUAGUGGUGACUCUUUGAUUGCCCUCUGAAUGUGGCUGGCUGCUGUGCAACUUGGUUGAAUUGGUUUAUUUUGUGGGGAGGCAUGUGGUUUUUUUCAUUCCACACACACAAAAAUAACAUGCAUAAAAUUACUGUUACAUACUGUUAGCACCACUGACUGAACUCUCUUUUCUGUACAGUUGAAGAUCCCGGCCACCAUCAUCUGGUGGCGGCUGGGUGACGGCUAAGGCCCCCACCUGUCACUUAUCUAUUAAAUAUUCAUUUAUAUAUAUAUACAUACACUUAAAUGUAACCCUAAUAUUAUUGCUAACAUUAAACAUGGUGGAAUGAGAAGCUUGACACGCCCGCCGUGCCUCCUUCAAGUAGUUAAGAUAUGAUUGGACACUUUCUGUUUCGCCUCAGAGGAAGGAUUUAGCCGGGGCUCAAUUCUGAAUCAAUCGAGUAACGAUGCAGUAGCUGCUCGUGACGUUUCCAGGAAGAUGUGGCAGUCGAAACGUGAGUUUGUUGGAAGAGCUCAGCCGCCUGUUGUGUAUUUGUCGUCGAGGGUGACGUGGCAGGUGACCGUGUUGUACCUGCCUUUACCUGGAAACUGAGAACGUCCCGUUUCUACAUUUACAGUAACAAUUUACAGUGACUGUAGAGUUGAAGCAUUAAAACGCAGCACUCGUCGGUGCUGUUGUCCUUCCCCAUCACAGACAGACUAUUGAUUCCAUGAUUAGGCUGUCUGUCUUGGGUUCUUAUUAAGUCUGUCGAUGGCAUUGAUGGCACAAUUGCAUCGAUUGACCGCUGAACGUUUUCUAAAUGACAGGUAAACAGACUGUCACGGCUCGCGCAACUCCCUCUUUGUCUGGUUGCAUCGUCUCUGGUGGAAGUACUAAAAUAUUGUUCUGCACUAUUUGUAUCCGUAACCUCCUUUCAAGCUUUCAUCAGUUUUUUUUUAAACUUUGCCUGUGGACUGCAUCACCUCUAACUCUAACAGCAUACCGUAGAUUGGCCCCUAGCGGUGUUUGAGUAGCACUGCAUUCGUGUCUGAUGCUGAGUUGAGACAAUUUAUCAUUGUCAGGAGAACGCCAGUGCUCGGUUGGGAUGGAUGGAUCGAUGAAUGGAGAAACGUUGCAACGAGAGAAUGAGAAAUAAAAGAGACAGAAGGCAGGAACCAAUGACGAGAGCUCAUUUCUUUUCCUCUGCUAUGUGAAAACUGUAAGGUUUGUCUUUUUCAUUUUUCUUUUUCUUUUUUCGGUAAAUUCCAUUUAAACUCUGGGUGUGUUUGUUGCUUAGCCUCUCUGGGCCAUAUUCACACAGCCGGUGUAUAUCCAACACCCAUCUCCCCCCUUACUGUUCCUGCAUCCUGCUCACACACACACACACGAAAACACACCUGCUUAAAUGUGUUAAACUACUGCACCAACAAAACAGAUGCUCUGGUCGACACAUUCUGCACGAGAGGUGGAAGUGAGCUGAUGCAACUUUGGCAUUGUUCCCUGCACAACACUGUACAACAGUUCAUGGCCGGCCCUCCACUCACUCAGACGCGAUGAAAGUGCAGCGUGGCUGGUCUGUUGCUGUGUGAACUUGGCCCACAAGUAUUUAUCCAUAUUUAUUGAUGUUUGUUCUUCUGAAUUCAAGUCCUGUCUCUGUAUUAUAUUCUUUACAAGACAAAUGGUCAUUAAAGGAAACCCUUGUUUGGAUCCGUUA